GCCCUACAGCUUGCAGGCAUACAGCAUCCAAGCUGCCAAAAGUUCGCAGUCGCAGGAAAACAAAUGCAGCCCUUGGGCACAAGAAAUUGCAUCCUCGAUUCAUCCCAAAUUACCCCCCUUCACCCCUCCAUCUUCUGCACACAACAACCCAUUCUGUGUGACACCCUUCAGCGGGUUUAUCAGGGGUUAUCCGCCCUCGACUGUCAUCUGAUUGGUGCUUGGCCAGUGCUUGGCCCGUUCUUGGGGACAUGGACUCAUGGGGAUCCUUUUCACCUUUGGCCUUGGCCCUGGCCUCGAACUGUUUGCUUUGCUUUUGCUUCUUGGGAGACUUCCAAAUCCAUGCCAAGUUGCCAGACUUGGCUCUGCAGUCUACGGAUACACUUCCAAGCGGCACAGAAGAAGUGAAAAAAAUCUCAAGAGAUUACGCUCUACAGAAGCGACCCUUGGCGGAUUCUUGUGUAAAAAACACUGCAGUCUCUUUUCUUCCUCACAAGCCUCGACUCCUACACAUAACCAGGCACUCUCACUCUUCCUUUCUUCCUCGACGGGCCUCGUCAUCCUCCAGGUGCCACCCCGCAAAAGGCCCGUGGGCUCUUGCAGCGAACUGGAAUGGCAUGGCCCUGGCUGGCGGGUGCCCGCGUCACUGGCAGCGGGAGGCCCGGUUGGGAUCUCCCCGAUCCUUUUCCCCCUCCCCUCUGCUCGCUCCCCUUUUGCCUUUUGACCGCAAACGGAAUGGGCCACGAUCUCAAUUCCUAGUAGGGGAGACGAUGCCACCGAGUCCUUGCAGGGGGGAGAGGUCGCCAGUAACGCCCGAAUUUCUGGAUUUUCAUGACACCGAGUGACAUUGAUGGGCGAUUCGACGUUUUUAUUGAUUACCUUCUCUACCGUCAAACCUCGCACACGUACACAGUAAAACACCACGUGAAUGAAUGUACUCAUAAUGAUGGGGGCGAUA